CCGGGAGGUGCGUGAGGGGCCGGGGGGGGGGGGGGCGGGGAGCGGGGCCCGAGCCCUGCCCGGGGCCGGCCGCAGCCCCCCGGAGCCCCCGCCUCAGGCCCGGCGGUGCUGGGGAGCUCGGUUGUCCGUAAAUGUUCGAAGAAGGAGCUGAGCCCAGGAAAGCGAGAGUUGCCCUGAGAGACUUCUCCACGUAACUCAGGUGUGUGACGGGUCGGGGCUGACCCGCGGCAUCGAGCACAGGACCUGACGUGAGGAUGAUUGAGGAGAGUGGGAAGAGGAGGAGGACAAUGGCGGAGAAGAGACAGCUGUUCAUGGAGAUGAGGGCACAGAAUUUUGAUGUCAUCAGACUUUCAACGUAUCGAACAGCCUGUAAACUGCGGUUUGUACAAAAAAGAUGUAAUCUUCAUCUUGUUGAUAUCUGGAAUAUGAUUGAAGCCUUCCGAGAUAAUGGCCUUAACACUUUGGAUCAUAACACAGAGAUCAACGUGUCUCGACUAGAAACAAUCAUUUCAUCCAUCUACUACCAGCUAAACAAACGCCUUCCUUCUACUCACCAAAUCAGUGUAGAGCAAUCCAUCAGCCUUCUCCUCAACUUCAUGAUAGCAGCAUAUGACAGUGAGGGCCAUGGGAAGUUGACGGUAUUUUCAGUGAAAUCCAUGUUAGCAACAAUGUGUGGUGGCAAAAUCCUGGACAAACUAAGAUAUAUUUUCUCUCAAAUAUCAGAUUCAAAUGGACUAAUGAUAUUUACAAAGUUUGAUCAGUUUUUGAAAGAAGUUCUAAAACUUCCAACAGCUGUGUUUGAAGGGCCUUCUUUUGGAUACACAGAGCAUUCCGUACGGACGUGCUUCCCACAACAAAAAAAGAUCAUGCUAAACAUGUUUUUAGACACAUUGAUGGCUGAUCCGCCUCCUCAGUGCCUUGUGUGGCUGCCUCUCAUGCACAGACUUGCCCAUGUUGAAAAUGUCUUCCAUCCCGUGGAAUGUUCGUAUUGCCGGUGUGAGAGCAUGAUGGGUUUCCGGUACCGAUGCCAGCAGUGCCACAACUACCAGCUCUGUCAAAACUGUUUUUGGCGUGGCCAUGCCAAUGGUCCUCACAGCAACCAGCAUCAGAUGAAGGAGCAUUCCUCUUGGAAAUCGCCUGCAAAGAAGCUGAGCCAUGCAAUUAGUAAAUCGCUUGGUUGCGUACCAAGCAGAGAACCGCCUCGUCCUAUAUUUCCCGAGCAGCCAGAAAAGCCACUUGAUCUUGCACAUAUAGUUCCUCCUCGACCUCUGACUAAUAUGAACGAUACCAUGGUGACCCACAUGUCCUCUGGAGCACCUACACCAACAAAAAGGUUACAGUGCAACCCGGAUGCUGCCAGCCGCUUAGCUGAUGAGCAUGCACUGAUUGCAACCUUUGUGAACCGGCUGCAGAGCGGUGCACGCGCCCUGGACAGCCCCGGCAGGCUGGACGAGGAGCACCGGCUGAUCGCCAGAUACGCCGCCCGGCUGGCUGCAGAGGCUGGGAAUGCACCUCGCCCACCAACAGACCUGGGUUUCAACUUUGAUGCCAAUAAACAACAAAGACAGCUGAUAGCAGAGCUGGAAAACAAAAACAGAGAGAUACUCCAGGAAAUUCAGCGUCUGAGACUGGAGCAUGAACAAGCCUCGCAGCCCACACCCGAGAAAGCCCAGCAGAACCCAACUUUACUGGCUGAACUCAGGCUUCUACGGCAGAGAAAGGAUGAACUGGAACAGAGGAUGUCUGCACUCCAAGAAAGCAGAAGAGAACUGAUGGUGCAGCUUGAAGGGCUGAUGAAACUGCUCAAAGAAGAAGAGCAAAAACAGGCAGCACAAGCAGCAGGCUCGGCACACUCGUCACCCACCCACGGAGCCGGCCGCCCCAUGCCCAUGCCCGUCAGAUCCACCUCCGCCGGCUCUACCCCAACGCACGUCCCCCAGGACUCGCUGGCAGGUGUCGGGGGGGACGUGCAGGAAGCUUUCACGCAAGGUACGAGGAGGAACCUCCGCAACGACCUGCUGGUGGCUGCCGACUCCAUCACGAACACAAUGUCAUCGCUGGUGAAGGAGCUGCACUCGGCAGAGGAAGAAGAUGAAGAGGAAAUGGAAAAAAUGCAGAACGGAAAGGAUCGAGGUUAGACGGAUGACCACGGACUGUACAGAAAUUCAGGCACAGAGGGCAACACGGCGAGCUCCUCUUCGGAAGACGUCUCCGCAUCCUUCGGAAGAGGCACGUUUCAGCUGAUGCAUCCACCAUCGUGCAACUGUGAGCGAUCCCAACCACCUGCUGGCGGCAGCGGCUUUCUCCUAACCAGCUGGAGGGCUUUCCCUGCGGGCAUUUGCCUCUUAGGUUACUGCAUGUACUAUUUUCCUAAAUGUCUUUACUAAUCAGACAGCGCCCCAUCGAACCCAGCAAUUUAUGGGAGGUUAAAAAAAAAAAAAGGGGGGAAAGAGAAUUCUCCCUGCUCCUGCUCAGUGUCCUGAUCUUUUUGGAUUUCCUACCAAACGGUGUCAUACUCGCAUCACACGCUGGUUGUUUCCUCCCGACUUCUGACCCUCGGCAUGCAUGAAAAAACGGGCGUUGUGCAUUUUGAGUCUCCUCGCGUGUAACACAAAGGGGAUUCUGAGUGCAGACCCUCUAAAAAAAACCCGCCUUCUAAAAAUACCGCUCCGUCUAUCACUGUUUGGUUGCCAUAGUGUUUGAUGUUGCAUGGCGUUCUCCGAGUAAAUGACAGGGCAUGUCAAGGGGAGAGGAAUGCGUAACAAGAGGAGGAGCAACUGCAAUUAUGGGCCAUAAACCCUGGGUGAGUGCCUGGCGGGGAUUCCUGGCUCCAUACUUUUCUCUAGACUCUUACAAAAUUUCCCUUCCCAAGCAGGGAAUUCAGGGACGAGCACUGCUAGGUUGCCAUUAGCAUCCGCGCAUUAAUUUUUGAGAGCCGAGUUCAGGUUUGUUUAAAAUGAAGAGGAAUGACAGAGUUGUGUAGUCUGAGGCUGCAGGCUCACCACCGUCUGGAUCCUCGCUGGGCUUUUCUUUUAUAGCUGCUUAGAAAACAUCGUAAUCAGUUCCAAUCACCAGUGAUUUUAUUAUUUUUUUUUCUUGGUGCUUAGGAAUGUUAUUUUUAGUGGAAGGAGCUGAGUGCCCUAAUGCAUCUAUAAAUAUUUAUCAAGGGUGAUGAAUGGAAAGGAGUGAUAAACCCUGAAGCCAACCCUCAGCUUCUCUUCCUGUCUGAACCGAUACGCUGCAUCGGUUCUUGGCGCAAAGUGCUCGUUAGGUACCUACAGCCCUUGGGGAGAGAAAAAAUAAACAGACAUGGUGGCCGCAGAUUUAGUUGAGUAUAAAUAUUGUGAACGAGCUGUCAGAAGGAAAGAAAAGUGAUGAUAACCUGGUUCAGCGUGUGAGCUCCAGCCUGCCAAACACAGUGCACUUGGAAGGACUUGGAAGGUUUCGUGGUCGCCUUUGUGCGCUCUCGGCUGCGCAGUUACUGCCACGAGUCGUCUGGAUGCAGCUGUGCCGACUCACGGGGAUGCACAUUUCGGAGUGCCCAAAAUAUGAGGGUUUUGCUCGUGGCCGUGCUCAGGGACCCGAUGGUGUGGUGGUGCCUCCAGCAGUCCUGCGCACGCCGGGCUCCUCCUUGCGGUGCCACCGCAGGACCCCUUCCCUGUCCCCUGUCCCACCAAAAACAACCCAGUGGGGUCCACCAGGGGUUUGCAUCCUCCAGGGCCACACUUCUUCCAGCGAGGCUGAGCACCUCUGAGCCUCGAGGCCAGGAGCUGGAGGCUGCAAGGGCAGUGGCGAAGGGGAGGCUCAGCCCCAGUGCUCCCAAAGGGAAGGGCAGGAGGACCUUCGGGGUGCCCGGCACGCAGCUCGGAGCUGGAAGGAAGGGAUGGACGGAUGGACAGCCCGCCUUCUGCAGCCAUCACGGACACACAUUAAACGUGAAACCUAGAUUCACCGGGGACCAUCAUAUUUGCUGCUUUUUUUUCCUAUUAUUACUCACCCUGCGACUUUCCCUUCUCGCUUCUGUCACCACAGUUCACCCCAAGUGAGGCCAAACUCUUGCUGCAUCUGUCGCCUAAUGUCACCUAACGCUGCCCUCGCUACGAGCUGAUUUUUGGGGCACAGCCACACACGAGGCACAUCUCCGAGCCUGAGGUCUGGCUGCCCUGGGACACGCUGGCCACCAAUGCACCCACCCCUGCUGGCUGGGACACCCAUGGGUGGCCUGCCCACACCCCACAGCUGUCACAGGCGCAUGGGGGACACGUGUGGGAGGCAGCUGUGGGUCUGCUCCAGACCCCAUCCAGCUACCCGGGGCUUUCUAGGAGGGUUUUGAACAUCCAGCACUUGGCAGAGGCACUUCGGUGUCUCCCUGUGGGUCUCCACCUCUGUGGAGCACCGAGGAACCCCCUGAGAUACGCUCCCACGGCUCUGCCCACGCAGCGCCGCUUGGCGCGGGGUUUGUUGCUUGCUGCCUCCUAAAGGAACAAUUCCUCCAGCAGCGCUGCAGCAGGCAGCCCAGCUCCCCCAGCCCCAGCGUGAGCCCCUCGGGGACCUGCACCCUGCAAGAGUGCCAGUCCUGCAGGAGCGAGGGGCUGCACACCGGAGGACGGGGCUGUUUGCGCCCGUGGGCUGAGCGCUGCGUGCGCCGCGGUGCCUGGUCUUUGUUUGGAAACCUGACAGCUCCAGGGUGUUAGCAGGCACAGCCGGGACACGGGGGGUGUGUUUGGUGUGUGUGUGUGUUAAACGUGACCCCCUGUGCCACGGCCCUGCAUUACCUCACCCGCAGUGCCAUUUAUUUUAGCCAGUAAAGCGUUUUAGCAGAUGCUCGGUGUAAUCACAACGCCGGGGCGUGCAGGUUGCUGUUCCAGGGAGGAUGUCGCUGCUUUAGGAGCCCACCAGCGGGGCAGAAGGGACCCGUGUGCCGCCAGGCUGCAGGCACCCCGCUGCCACAGCACAGCCAGCAGCAGCAAACGGGCACCGGGGGCUGUCGGGAGCGACUGCAGCGCUGCCUGCGUGCGUCACGGCACAGAGGCUCCAUUGCGCUCGCCCUCACCAGCCUGCUGCUGACAGCUUUGCUGUGCUGCCUGCUCGCGGGCGACGGAAACGAUGCCGUGGGCAUCCCACCCCGUGGUGCGUGCUGCCAAGCACCAGCGGUGACCCUGAGGAGUGCCACGGGCUCGGGGCUUGUCACCACCGUGAUGCUGCAGGAGGCCACCGCCGGUGCCACCCGCUCGGACCCUGUCUGAGAAGCCUGGCAGCAGGCACUGGUCUUGCACUGGGAUGGGGAGUGCCACAGGUGGGUCCAUCUGAGCCCGUAGAGCACCAGGACACACGCUGCUGCUGGCUGUGAGCAGGACCCGUGCAAGGCAGCAGGAUGCCUGUGAGUGGUUGGCACUCCAGCGAUGCCAGGCGCUUCCCCUGGUGACAUUCUGGGGCUUCGUGUAGGGAAACCAAACCACCCGAGCUUGCUUGUGGUCGACUCUGAAAACUGUGUGUGAGCUAUUGCUUGCCUUGGGAAUAAUCGCCUUAAACCCCACGGGAGGAACGGUUCAGGCCAGGCUUUAAUGUAUUCCCCCAGGCUGUAUCCUCUGGUGUUACAGCUCCAGGGUGUGCCCAUUCCCCUGCUGAGGACAUUUUCAUCUUGCUGGAGGAAAAGUUUGCUCCUGAGCCGCUUGAGGUGGCCCUGGUGGGGUACCCAGGACGUGGUGUUUUGGGAUCAGCCCCGUGGAGCUGUGGCCGCGCACCCAGCACUGCACCUGGUGAGCUCUGCUGCCUCUGGACGUGCUGCCUUGGUCCUGUGCUGGCCCUGCACCGCCAGCCCAGAGCCUUUCCUUUCAAAUCCGGGGGUUGUUUUUACAGCUGGAUGGUCAUUUUUUUGCCUGGACGCAGCAGUGAGGGUCAUGAGCAAAGCCAGGGCUGGGUGCGGCACGGACAGGGAGCCCUGGGGGGGGGACAGGGUCUGCUGCAGCCAAACCCUGGGGAUGGGGUGUUGAUAUUUGCUGAUUGCUCUCAGGUGAUUUCUGCCCCUUUCUGUGCUUUAAUUUCCUCACUGUCACUGCCCACAAUGCCUGUUUUCGCCCGAGGAGCAGCGUACAAAACGUGUGGUUUGGAAACCACUUCCUUCUCCGCAUCGCCCUCUUUUUCCUCGGGGAUUGCUCCGGUUCCAGGGGGAGCGGCCACCCCGAGCCCGUGCUCUGCAAGCUGCUGGGUUUGGCAGCUCGGUGGGUGCACUCGUGUCCCGUGGGGACGUGCAGGGGGUGGCACCGGGUGGCACCUGCCCUGCAGGGUGUGCGGCUCCCCCGUGGGGACGCUGGAAGCCCCCCGGCAUCGCGGCGUGCACACAGACAGAGAAACCCCCGGAGACCACCAGGUGGGAAUCCUCACUGCUCCAGGUUUAAACCAAGCUUUGCAGCUUUUCUGAGGGGAAAAAAAAAAAAAAAAAAAAAGAAGCAGGAAGCCAUUACCAAAUGUUUUCUCAUGGGAAAGUGUGCCGCGUCCCUCGUGCCACAAGUCCUGUCGGGGGCUGCAGAAGGAAGAAGCUGGCGCUGGCGAUUUCUGCAGCCCCUCCACGUGUGUGGGUUCGGAGCAUCUCCAGCUGUGCUGAGUCCUUGCUGCCUUGGGGACGUGGCUGUGGUUCUGGGACGUGGCCAGCGCUGCCCCCCACCUCCCCAAUGGGGUUGGGGACCCAGCCCUGGCACCCAGCGCGUCCACGUGCGUGGCUGGAGCGGGAGCGUUUCACAAGCACGUGUUGGAGAAGAUGCUGUAAGUGAUGGGAAUGUCUCUGGUAGGAACCUGUAAACUGGAAGCCAUGUUCUGUCGUCUGCCAAAUAUUUAAUAAAUUCAUCUCAUCCCUAA